AUGGAAAAGUUGCAUGGAAAGGUGAUGCCUUACAUACAAUUUUGGGGGAAGAAAAGCCUGGACAAGUGCAUGGCAUGGGUUUGCUUCCGAGUGCCUAACCAAGUUUAUGGUCGGUUACCACGCUAUCUCAAGAACAUCAAUAUGACUACAACAAACGGGUCAUCACAUGCCGGAGAGAGUGAUGUUAUGGAGGAAAUAGCAAAGCUCAAGCGGCGUAUAGAAGAGCAGGACCAACGCAUAGAAGAGCAAGACCAAAUUAUUGAAGGAUUUAGAAACCAGGAUGAAGCCAAUUUCCGCCAAGGCAAUGAUGAAUCUCAGCUGGAAGUACCACAAAAUAGAAGAAAGAGAGUUCAUGCUAGUGGACCUGAGCAAGUACGCUUAGUGAGCAGACCAAAAGAUACAAUAAAGCAUCGUCCUGACUGCGAGGGUAGCAAUGAAUUCUCAUAUCAAGGACAAUCAUCACUAACACCUCCUUUUCCUGAAGAACGGGAGAUGAGAAAGAGCGGUGAGAAUCUGGAUGAAAAUUCGAGAAGAGUGCACAAACAAAUGACUCAAAACAAGACUCCAAGCCAUAUGUCCUCAAAGAAGAGAUGUCGUCCUUCGGAAGAGAUUCGUAAUGGAGUAAUUUUAAAAUCUUCAAUAUAUCCAAAUAAAAGGCGCGUGGCAUAUGCAACUAUUUUGGACAGUAAUUCAAAAACAUUGGUUGGUGGUGUUGAGCUGGGCCGACAAUUUACACAUGUGCAAAUUGAUGAACCUAUUGGUGAAGAUGAGCGCUUGAUUGAGAGGUUCAGUGGAUGA